AGUAGUACUUGCCCUGGCAAAUCUGUGUCAGGCCGGGGGUGCGAGCUCGCGUCGUUCAGUGCCCGUCCACCCUCGCUGCCCGGCGACACUGCACGAGUGGCUCUCGUGACGAGUGCAACCGGUGCAUUCCCACGGUAUUCUCCAUGCACCAUCAACUCGAUUCUCACAUUCGGAGGAACUUCGUUCGACCGGACGGUGAUCAGUAACGGUCAGUGUCGAGGGCCAAACGAAUAUGAUCCGUCCUCGAUAAAACGAAUUCUAUUUUAUUCUCAAAGAGAGAAAGAGAGAGAGAGAGAGAGGGGGGGGGGGGAGGGGGAGACAGAAAGAGAAAGAGACGACUUUACGAGUUUAACUGGGACCAAGGCAUUUAAUCCAUCCAGAAGAAUUAAGGAAAAUUUUGAGAAAGAUGUUCAAUCUCUAUCAAAGUUUGAACAAGAAGGAUGAGGGUGAGAGCCAUCGAGAAUCGGAUGUCACUGGACACGAUAGAUUUUGGCAGGAGAGGCCAAGGACACGACGGAAACGACGUGCCGUCAAUCGCAGAACUCAAAGUGCCAUAGAGCUCGAUUCGGAAGCUAUAGUUUCUGCCCGUGGUGUCCUUCGUCGUGGAAGAAGUGCAAGUAUCGAGGACGAUGAGAGCGAAGAGGAAAAGGGCUAUCAGUUGACCAACAAAAUUGACAAUUUAGCUAAGAUACUCUUCAGUCGUGUCUCGGCCGCUCGAGGAUGCAGAGAUCAAAAUGAAAUCAGAAAUGGACGACACCACUACACUGCACUAGGUCACGGACCGUCCGCUUGCGAGGACGUCGGCGAGUACGUGGAAAUGGAGAAAAGGUCCAGAGAUCGUGCUUUAUCAAUUUGUCAGACUUAUAUCCAACGAACCUCUCGAUAUACUCUCAUCAAGCAGCUCAACAACGUCGGAUCGAGAGUGGACAAGCACUGGUUCGCCGUAAGAGAUACUUCGCUCAAAACCGAUAGACUCAUCACUUUGAUGCCCUUAAAUAGAAAUUGUCCAUUGAGUAUCUGUCCUUCGACGAAAGACAUAUUAAAUAAUUUGUUUCUCGCACUACAGCAUCCAUACAUUUGUCCUAUAUUCGGUUUAGAGUUUCUCGAGUACGAGGAACUCAAUUACGUUGUUUUAAUCCAACCUAUCAAUCACGGUAGCCUGAAGGAUCUUAUAUAUGGCAUCGAGAGGAAUUGCUGGAACGAUGAUUGGAGUCAAAAGUACGCUUCUCGUGGUAAAGGUCUACCCUUAUCACAGAUCCAACAGAUGGGUAGGCAGAUAUUGGAAGCUUUAGUGUUUCUUAAGGAAAGAGGAUUUCCUGUAGUCGCUCAUUUACAUUCUGGGAACGUCGUUGUACAAAAUGGCGUUGCUCGUCUCGCUGGUCUCGAAAACACCCUUUUAGGUUUCAAAAGCAGGAUACAUCCUAUAGUGACAUCUCGAUUGACGAAAACGAGCACGGUGGACGUGAUAUGUUUUGGUCACAUGUUGUUCGAAAUGUGCGCCGGUUACGAAUUAUGUUCCUUCAAGCCAACCGCUGCGCAUCUCUCGGAUAUCGAGACAUAUCCACAGGUCAUCGAAUUACUUGAGAUAAUAUUUGAUGAGUCUAGAAAUCGGUAUCCGAGUAUAGAAGAACUUCUCAUUCAUGAUCUCUUCAGGAACAUAGACCUUCGGGAAAUGCGCUGUGCGCCCGUUACGAUAUUUCGUCCUGCCUUAACACCCUCUAUAAUCAAUUUUCUGGAUGGUAUCAAACGACAAAGUUUAGGUAAAAGCCGACACAGGUCGCGUUCUAUAAACGACAUCCUAUUGAUACACAGGUUUUGAUUUACGAACUUAGAUUCGGAAAAUAUGAUAUCAUUGAAAAGUCCUGAAGCCGAAUACGAGGAUUCGCUUCUUGUCCAAAUAUACAACGAACUAUCUAACACGACCAUAUAAUAGGGGAACAAUUUUUUCGUCUUAUACACAUUCGUAAUUUUACUACUAACAAUAAGUGCCAAAAAAAAAAAUAUAUAUAUAUAUAUAAUUAUUACCGCGACGAUCGAUAAUAUUGAAGAAAAUGUAUAAUGUAAAAUGUUAAUGAUACAUCCUGGAACAUCUAGCAGAGUUGACGCACGUGAAAGUGUAACAAGAACGAUAUUUUGAUAAAUUAUUCUAAGCUUACAUUGAUAUUUAACAAUUCUUUUUCGAGUAAUAUGAAAAUCACACGGAAUUUUCAAUGGGUGCUUUUAAAACCUAUUUAUCUUAUAAACGAUAUAUAAAAAUUUGUUUAUGUACAUUUUAUGUAUUAGAUAUCAUAUUGACUUUCAAAUUGUAAUCGAUUCAAAUAUUAUCGGAUGUUAUGCAGCAUCUCAAUCUCAUAAAUUUUACCCAACAUUCUUAUUAUAGCAUGGAUCUAAUACAGGGUGGAUUUUAGGACUAAAUUAUUUAGAUGAUUGAUUAAUACGUCGUUCAAAAGAUUCUAAAAAAUUAGUAAUAUCAAAUAUUUUGUGCCAAUUGAAAGAACGCGAAUUGAUAAAUUCUUAAUAGAGAUUUCUUUGUCGCUAAUGUAAUUUAUCAUAGAAAUUUAUGUUCCAAUUUGAUUUUAUAUUUAGCGACAUGAUAUAGUGCCUGGAUGUUUAGUAUUUAUUUUAUAUGUACCUAAGAGCUAUCCAAAAACCCAAGUUACUAAUUAUAAGAACGCUGUUACUGAUAGGCUCACUGCUGACAAAUAUAAAUUUCUUGAUUUAACAUCUGUUUAAUAUCAUGUAUUAUUAAAGAAACAAAGUAAAUAAUACAUCUUGUAUAUAGAGAAAUAAUGUGAAAGCAAGAUAUUAACUUGCGCAAAUACAAAAUAACAAUGUUGUAUAAAUUCUUCCAAUCAUUAAACAGAACACGUGAAAGUAUUGAAA